AAACGAGACAUCAUGUCUUCAGCGAGACAAAACGGUAAUCUGGAAAAUGAAAAUGAAACUGAAGAAUUUAGAGAAACUGAUCCAUUAAGGGAUAACAUAGAAGGACAAAAUGGAAAAAAAAAGAGAGGUUUCAAAGAAACAUGCUGUUACGUUAUCCAGAACACAACAGUGGAACCGACUAUGUUUUUUUUCGUGAUGCCGAUAAUUAUUGGAAUAUUAACAUCCCAAAACUUAAACUUGGAAAAGGCAUGUCGUGUUAACUUAAAUUUUACAAGCGAGAUCUGCGAUGCUCUUAAAAUGCAAACUUUGGAAGAACAGAAUAUAUAUGAAAGGGACGUACAACAUCUCGUUGCCCAAGCCAUGUCUUGGAGAACUUACAUUACAGCUACGAUACCUUGUAUAUUAGCACUUUUUAUCGGAUCAUGGGCUGACAGAACAGGUUACAGGAAGAUUUUUAUAAUUUAUUCAAUUAUUGGUCAAAUGCUAAUAAGCAUCAACGGUGUUAUUAAUACAUAUUUCUUUUAUGAAUUUAGAUUAGAAGUAAUUGUAUUCAGUGAAGCCAUUAUUGACGGUCUUACUGGGUCGUGGUGUGUUUGUUUUCUAACUAUGUUCUCUUAUAUAAGUGCCAUCACAAAUGAUCAAAAUAGAACUUUUAGAAUGGGACUUAUAAAUUUUAGUUUAACAGUAGGAUUCCCAAUUGGAAUGGGAGUUAGUGGAAUAUUAUUGAAAAGUAUAGGUUACUAUGGAUGCUAUGGCUUAGUCGCCAGCUUACAUUUUAUAAAUCUUAUGUAUAAUAUAUUCGUUCUCAAAGAUCCGAAACGUACGCCUGAACAAAAAAUGCACGACAAAAAAGGAAUAGGGCACUUCAUUCGAUUAUUUUUUGAUUUGUCAAACAUAAAAGAUACCCUAAAAAUUGUGUAUAAGAAAGGCGCAAAUAACAGGAGAUUAAGGAUUUGCGUAUUACUAAUAGUUGUUAGUAUAUUGUUUGGACCUAUGCACGGUGAAAUCUCUAUACUAUACAUAUCUACGAGGUACAGAUUCAAUUGGGACGAAGUCAAAUUUAGUAUUUUUCAAGCUUACAAUUGUAUUACUCAUACUUUUGGAACUAUCUUUUCAAUCUUAGUGUUUAGCAAAUAUUUGCAAUGGCAUGAUUCCGUUCUGGGAAUCAUAUCAACUAUUAGCAAAAUAGCAGCCUCUUUUGUGUAUUGUUUCGCGCCGAAUGAGAGAAUUUUUUUUAUUGCUCCUUUAGUUGAUAUAUUAAAUGGAACGUCACUUCUGGCUCUGAGAUCGACUGCCUCUAAAUUGGUGUCACCGGAUGAAUUUGGAAAAGUGAACUCGAUAUUCGCUCUGGUGGAAAACCUUAUGCCGUUAGUGUAUGUACCUUUGUACACGAAGGUAUAUGUAGCUACAAUGGAAGUUCUACCAGGCGCUGUGUUUCUUCUGGGGUCCGCUAUGACGUUACCUGCUGUCGCAGUGUUUAUUUGGCUUUUUUGGGAACACAUCACGAUUCAAAGAAAACAAACUAAAGAAAACAGCAUCGAAUUGGCAGCAAAAGAACUGUAGCAAUUUGAUAUUACAGAAAGAGUUCACGACGCCGAAGGAUACACAGAAAUUGUAAUAUGUGGAACUAUUCAUCAAGAAAACUCUGAGUAGAGAGUGUGCGAGUAUAUCCACGUCUUUCUUUAUCCCGAAUAACAAAUCAAUUAAAUAUCGAAUAUCAUUAUGGCAUUUUGUAAAUCUUAAUUAAAUAA